AUGGCUCCAGGGGGGUUAGACAAUGCGGGAAAAACGACGAUUGUGAAACGAAUUAUGAAAGAAGACGUCACCUCUGUUAGCCCAACCCUGGGCUUUAUCAUCAAAACAAUUGAAUUUAUGGAAUACAAACUCAACAUUUGGGAUGUGGGCGGGCAGAAGACAUUGCGCUCCUACUGGAAAAAUUACUUUGAAAAGACUGACACAUUGGUCUGGGUCGUCGAUGCCACCGAUAAACUCCGGGUGGACGACUGUCGUGAGGAGCUAGCUGGUCUGCUUCUGGAAGAGCGACUCAUGGGAGCUAGUCUCCUAGUUUUCCUGAACAAAACCGAUGUGGAACAUUGCAUGACUGAGGAGGAGGUGCGUGAGCGCCUUGGUCUGGAUUUGAUCAAAACCCAUAAAUGGACUAUUCUCCCCUGCAGUGCCAUGACCGGUAAGAACCUUCACGAGGGGUUGGAAUGGGUUGUACAGGAUGCGAAGGACCGGUUAUUCCUAUAUUAG